UGUGUAUGUGUGUGUGGCUGCGGGCGGUUAGUGAUGUCGUUGGUUCAGUAUUGAGCUCCCGUCUGACCUACUUUCCUACUUCGCAUCAGCUCGUCGCUGUUUACAGGCGGAGGAUGUGGACCCGGUGACGAGCAAAAAGCUCAGACCCGCACUGAAACACCGAGCCGUGCAUCGCUUACGGUGGGAACUCGUUAGUUUUAUGCGUGUUUCACGCGUGUUUGCCUUGCACCCGACUUUAAAGCGGCUUUUUGUCGGGUUGUUUAUGGUAAAGACGAGAAAGACAGCUUCCAAUGAGGCGCGAGCAGAAUGUCCACAGAUAGCCGAAGUGAAGUGGGACCUGCGGUCUUACGUGCACGGUUCCACAUUUUCUACAACUGACCUUAUGGAGAGAGAAAGGAGUUUUAAAAGCAUACGCUAGUGAAUUUCAACCAGAGGCCAAAAUUGACAAUAUCUUGAUGAUAAGCUAGUAUUUGACAUUUAAGUACUGGCCAGCCGUAAGGACACAAAGCGGCAAGCGUCGGCUGCCAGUCAUCAGUAGAAGGACACCCAAGAUUUGUGAUUAGCGGCUAACCGCUUGCAUUAGGUGGUUAGCGUGUGGAGUUUCUAUGGGUGUUUCGACGGUAAACAACACGAAUGGGACACACCAGCUUUCACAGACGUCCUGAAUGGGAGAAGGAGUGAGCAUGGACAGCCUUUCGGAGUUUGGAAGCCUUUGUCCAUCCUCCCGGAGGGAAUGGGACACAAGCAGCUGUGUGGAUGAUUUAAUGGAUGAAGAUGAGAAGGACAGAGCAAAGAGGGCAUCCCGUAAUAAAUCAGAGAAGAAGAGGCGAGACCAGUUCAAUGUUCUUAUUAAAGAGCUGUGUACUAUGCUGCAGGGUCAAGGUCACCCCCGUAAAAUGGACAAAUCCACCAUCCUACAGAGGACCAUUGACUUUUUGCAGAAACAGAAAGAGAUCACAGCCCAAACCGAAUCCUGUGAGGUCCGGCAGGACUGGAAGCCCUCUUUCCUGAGCAAUGAGGAAUUCACCCAGUUAAUGCUGGAGGCAUUGGAUGGCUUCCUGAUAGCUCUUACUACAGAUGGGAACAUCAUAUAUGUGUCUGACAGCGUCUCCUCUCUCAUUGGCCAUCUGCCGUCAGAUAUGGUGGACCAGAACAUUUUGAACUUUCUGCCAGAGCGAGAGCACGGUGAAGUGUAUAAACUUCUGUCAUCACACAUGCUUUUGACGGAGCCUACCGCUGUCGACCUUAUCAACAGCAAUGAGACGCACAUCGAGUUCUGCUGUCAUUUAGCGAGAGGAAACGUCGACCCGAAAGAACCGCCCACUUACGAAUAUGUCAAAUUCGUUGGAGAUUUUAAGUUUCAUAACAAUGUGCCUCUGUCUUCAUGUAACGGCUAUGAGCUGGCGUUUCCACGCACACUGCAGUCCUCACUGGAGGAACAGAUCUGUCUCGUAGCCACGGUGAGACUCGUGACCCCCCAAUUCUUAAAGGAUCUGUGUAAUGUGGAGGACGUAUGUGAUGAAUUCACAUCAAGACACAGCCUGGAAUGGAAAUUUCUCUUCUUAGAUCACAGGGCCUCUCCUAUUAUUGGCUACCUGCCGUUUGAGGUUUUGGGGACAUCGGGUUACGAUUACUACCAUGUGGAUGACCUGGAGCUCAUUGCUCAGUGUCAUAAACAAUUGAUGCAGUGUGGGAAGGGAAAAUCGUGUUACUAUCGGUUCCUGACUAAAGGGCAGCAGUGGAUCUGGCUACAGACGCACUAUUACAUCACAUACCACCAGUGGAACUCCAAACCAGAGUUUAUCGUCUGUACACACAGCGUGGUCAGUUAUGCUGAAGUCCGAGCAGAGAGAAGGAGAGAGUUUGGAUUGGAGGAAAGCUCAGCUGACAUGGCCACAUCCUCAGUCAAGGGGCAGGAGGUGUUUUUGGACAUGUGUCCUCCCUUAGACGCUCCACGGGACCGAAUCAGCAGCACUCGGUCAGUAUCGUCGCAAAGCUCUAGAAAAUCAUCACACACGGCGCUGUCCGACACAGCUUCGAACUCAUCGGUGAGGUACACAGAGGCGUGCACGUCGUCGCAGCAAUCUGCUUCCAUCGGUCCUGAGAAGAGUUCAAGCAGAAUGUCACAUAGUGGAUCGAAGACCUUGAUUCAGAGGCAGAGCUCCUCUGUACCUACCUCUCUCUCCCCCUCCUGCAGUCAACAUUCCACCAUGACACAAGCUUUGUACGGAUUCCAGCAGCCUCAGUUAGGCGUAAUGCAUCAACUAAAGGAACAACUGGAAGAGAGGACACGAAUCCUACAGGCUGACAUCAAAACACAGCAACAAGAGCUGCACGACAUUAAAGAGAAACUGCAGCUGGCUAACUUACAGAUGUUACUUCAGCAACCGACACAGGGAGAAUUUGAUGGUUCUGGUCCACAGCAGCAGGGUCCAGGCAGGCCGAGCCAACACGGCACCAACCCCAAACCUCAACACUGUGUUUCACAUUCAUCUCACACACUGCUCAGAGAACAGCCCAGUAGCUCAUCUGCUCAGGGGCAGCCAAGGCUGUUGCAGAGUGGACACAUGCAGGCUGUCAGUGUUCCAAUGCAGACACACACCAGCCUGACCACACCAUUCUACAGUAAUCCAAUGAUGUUCUCUCCCAACCACGGACACAGAACGCAACAUGACACACAUUGCCAAAGACAAGUACAGACUGAGUACAGCCAGGAUGGACAGUUACGGAUGCUGCUAAACCAGCCAAUGCAGACGCUUGUAACUGACAGUAGUGGAGGAGCUCAGUUUUCCCAAUGCAGUUCAACUAUUCAACAAACCAAAUAUCCUCUGGACCAGCAGAUGGUGGCUCCAUCCUUACCUGUGCAACAGGUGAACUGUAACGCUGUGCUUGUCCCCUCCCCUGUCUUCACUUCACCAAUCAUGAUCCCCCAUAAUAGUUUCAUGGCCCACCAGGCCACGCCCACCUACACGCCUCACCCGUCGGCCACACCGCAAAGCUUAUCGCUACAGCAGCCUCAGCAGUUCUUUCAGAUGCAGCCUCAGGGUCUGAUUCACAGUGCUCCCACUCAGGCCUUAUUUCAUACCCCGAACGUUCAGCAGCAAAGCACUGUGGGAUACAUACAGCCACAGCAGCAACAACAACAACAGCAGCAGCAGCACCAUCACACCCAGUCCGGCAACCUGUCGGACUACAGAAACAUGCUCCCGCGGUAGCCCCACGCCCAGGGAGAAACCAAGAGGUUGCAGAGAAAGCACACUGAGCAGGUAGCUCUGUGGCGUGAGUGAAAGGUAUGAUGGGAAGGGACUCUCUCGGCUCAGGGGAAGCAAAUCGAGAAAGCCAAAGUCCCCAUGACAGCACAUGAUGGUGCCUCAAGGCUCUGCCCUGCCCAGGUCGCAUGCAAAGGAUGCUGGGAUGCGUAGGAGGAGCCCACAGGGCUGUGACCCAUCUGUUAUUCAUGGAGGCGGGGGUCACAGAAAGGCCCGGAGCGGUUGAGCGGAUGCUCUGAUUGGAUGCUGCUGAUGAUUUUGGAGAGUGGAUGAAACUAAAACUUGAGCUGCAGUUGAAUUCGUUUCUAUGGAGUUUUUCGGGAGACUCUAUUGUUACAGCUUGUUUGUGUGAUCUGGACUUUCAACACAAACAAAAUCAACCAAUCAAGAAAUGCCUUCGCAGUUUUGCAUGAGUCCAAUGAUAGAUUAGCUACAAGUGAUGUCACAUUUUGCAAUCAACUGCAUACAAAAAAGGAUUAAACCCAAAUAAGAGAACAAAUCACAGUCCUGAACUGUAUCACGCAUGGCUUAUCUGCACUAAUCUCACGCUACAAUUAUUUCUUAUUAUCUGAGUUUUAGGUGUACGUGGUUGUUUAGGAGGAGAGGAGCUAGGCAAUGUUCAGCAAAGACCCAAAUGUAGUCUAAUAAUAACAGAAAGCCAUUGAGCUGCCUGUUACCAUGUGCAGAAGAGGCUCAAUCCCCUCCUGUACUUUUGCACUAUGCCCAGAUAGACAUAGUGUUAGCAUUAACUAUAGAAACUUGAAUCACGUUGUAUAUUUCAAAUAUUUAUAAACAAAGUUUUCCUAACUAAUGUUGACUACCCUGAUGGAUAUGUUCUCUUUUGCUUGUUUGAGAUCAAUGUAUCAAAUACACAUUUGUGACCCAAAUGGUCCACACACUAAAACUGCAUUGAUAUUAUGUCACUAUCAUGCAGCAAAGUGUGUGUACCGAUAAUAAUUUUGAUCUCAAUUUUCAAUUUCUCGAUAUGUGGAAAUCACAGUAUUAUACAGAGGAAAACCUUUGUGUGCUUUAAGGCAGAUGUGACUUUUGUCACAAAGAUUAAAGACAAUCAUAAUAUGAUUAAAUAUUAGCAAAAACAUGCACUUAUUGGGCCUUAUUCAUAACACACAGCAAGGACAUCCUGCUUUUGUUGUAUGAAUUAGACCUGUUUUCUCCUUUUUUAUUUUAGUUUGAAUUCUGUUUUAUUAAUCAGGAGUUAAUGCUGACAGUGAAAGUGUCACACAACCAACAAACAUUUUCCCCCUUUAUUUAAAAUAGCUUAUUUCAGUGUUGUUCACUCACAGACACCCUCUCCAAAUGGAAAAAAACGGGUGACAAUCUAACAAAAUCACGAAAUAAAUUUUGCUGUCCUACCACACCUUGCACUAGGGAUGCAUAACGAUUAAUCGCGAUUAAUCUAUAGCAGAAAAAAUAUUUGUUUACAUCAUAUAUGUGUGUGUACUGUGUAUAAUAUCCUUGUGAUAAAUGCACACACAUGUAUGUAUAUAUUUAAGAAAUGUUUAUAUAUAAUAGUUCACACACAUAUAUGAUGUAAACAAAAACUUUUAUUCUACUAUAGAUUAAUCGCGAUUAAUCGUUAUGCAUCCCUACCUUGCACAUUUAAAGACUGGUGCUGAUUUUUUUUUUUUACAAAGAAAAAUCAGUUGAAGGUCUAACAUCAAGGUUAUUGAAGGCGUACAACAUAUGUGCUCUUCUGCAUGCUGUGCAAUGAAACUCUGAAAACAAGAAUGUUUGUCAUUUAUACUUAUCUGAGAUAUUUUUCGUUUUAGUCAGAUUCUUUUCUGGUAUUAACAAGAGACACUUUAUAGUAGUAAAAACUGAAGUGCUGUUAAAUGAAAAUGGAAAAUAUUUUUGUAUGAUACCUAACAUUCCUUUAAUUAUUUAUAACAAAUUUUGAAAGUCCCAGGCGCUCUCAGGUGCAACAUUAAAAAUGAUAAUAAAUAUAAAUGAUAUACUUAGAUAUAUAAGUUAGCGAACAUCCUUCUCCCAAGCACCUGAAUUUAGUUUUUUUUACAGAUCAAAUUACAUCGAAAGGAAGCACUCCAUAAAAUAAAAAUUUUUAACAACAGAUUUCACAUUUCCUAGAAUAUUUCCAUAGAUAUCCACAAUAUUUUCACAAUAAAGCUUUUUUAACAUUCUUGUGGAGAGUCUCGAAUUACAGUCAGAUCAUUACUGUACAUUUUUGGUUAGCUUGCUGGAAAAUCUUGCUUUUUGUGCUUUCAAUCCUUGAUGGUCAUAACCCAGACUACGCAGGUAGAUCAUAACUUACUAUUUAUAUUUCCAGCAGGGUAGACUUAAAAAUUUUAAUUUAAAAUGGGAAGGACAAAGAAAUGCCAAGGCUAAAUCCAAUAUGAUGUAUUCGGUCAUGUGCCAGCAAUUUUAUAGAAACAUCUGUGUUCGUCCUACCCUGAACAAAACCAGCUGCUUCCUUCUUAGUUAAACGGCCAUUUGUGGUAUUUUCACACAAAAAAUUGCCAGCCAGACUCAAACAUGUAGUCUCGAAUGUUGCUUGAGUUAAAGCGUUGAUUGUUUUUGCAGACGUUCAUGUGUUUGCUGUGUUGUUUGCACAUGUGGAUGUUUUUGUCUUUGUGUCUGUAUUGACUGGGCUGCUGUGAGCGGUGAAGGAAAACUGUACUGACCCUCUUCUUUAUCGUCCUGUGAAAUUAUGCUCUGGUUCUGCAGACUGCACUUUAUUCUUUUAUUCUAUAUUUCUUUUCUGUCUAUAGAUUUCUGUUUUUCUGUCUAGCUUGAAUUUCUCCCCAAAGUGUCUGUUGGUGCGAGGAGGCUUAGGCCUAUGUAUUAUGUGUGUCAUCUAAACACAUGACAUUGAUGCAUUUAUGUUCCAACAGAUGACACAAAGAGUCAUAAAAUGACACCUGGUACAACUGCAGUAAACACAUGUUGUAAUACUGUAUAUGACAUACAAUGUGUUUAGGAAAAUAUAGAUGUUUAUUUUAUAAGAUGUCAAAUAGAUUGAAAUACAUUUAUAUAUAGUGUAUGAUUGAAAGUUAAAAACAGAGAUAUUUUGUAACAGAGUAAUUUUUUGAAGUGUCUUAUUUGGUUCGUCAGUUCAGAGAGUUGGUGUUGCGCUGUUGAUGUAUGGCUUGUUUUCCCCUUUAUUUCUUCUGUGUACAUAAACCAUCACAAAGAGCUUUAACAUGUUGUUAAUAUUGUUUUAAAUGAAAAUAAAAAAAGUUUACAUUCUGAACAA